AUGCCCCCUCGUUUCUCGUUAAGGCUUGUGCUUGAGGGAGGUGCUCUCUCUGUGAAGGCGACGAAGAACACCGCGAAGAAGACGAAUGGGAUAAUCAGAGCCCUGAGCAAUGGCGAUCGCAACUCUACAAAAAACUCUUCUCUCGAGUCCCACAACUCGUCGCUCUCUCUAUUCCAGAGCAAUCAUCACAGGAGCUUCAAGGAAUGCUUGUGGCCUUUCCGGAUCCGAAGCCCUGAGACAUCCUGUAAUAAGGGUUUGCAAAAUUGGUACUUCAUUGUAAGGUUGCAGACAAAAGGAGCGAGACCUAGGGCUCCUGAGAAUGGAGGGGGAAAGGAGUUCUUGCAGGCCUUAGGAGUAGAAUGGUGUGGUAGGGUAGAGUUGAGAGCCUUAUGGAUUACCUGGAUUCCUCCAGUUAAUGGUUGGUUGAAGUUAAAUGUGAAUGGGGCAUCUAAGGGUAACCUUGGGAGGGCAAGGGUGGUGUGGUGGAAGCAAGGGCAUGUGGAGGUUGAAUGCCGAAAGCAGAAGUUACCAAGGAAAAGAAAUGAUUCAGAUGAAAGAAACCCAGAAAAUAAGGAGUCCAGAAAAGAAAGGAUUACUGCAGAAAUUAAUAAGGGGAAGGGUCUCCAGAAAAAUCACCAAAUAGACAAGGGAAAGAAUAUUCAGCAAGUUGAGAUUUCAGAUGAAUCGAGAAGGGUAACUCAGAAUUUGCAAGGAGGUGGUCAAGAUUUGGUAAGGCCCAUGCAAUCUAUUGCCAAACAGAAAGGAGUUUGGAUCCAGCAAACUCAUGCGAAGGGUAGCCAGCAAGAGCGCAAUAGCGAGGGGGAGAAAUAUAAAGUUAUGGGAGAGAAUGAUGGAACUAAAAUUAGUUUUGAGAACGGUAAUCAUUCAGGUAAGGACUUUGUUGUUCCUGAGUUUCUUGAGGUUAUUCCGGAGGUCCAAGCAGAUGACACUAAUGUUAAUAUUGGGGAUAAAACAACUGGUCGUGCAGGACAGAUUGAGGUUUGUUCUAAAGAUGGGGUAUCCACUCCAAUCGCUGCUGCUGGUGAGUCUGGUUCGUUGGCUGCGGGCAAUCUGGUUCGAAUGCCUGCAGCUGCUGCAGAGGAGUUGCACCAGCUACAAAAGGAUGUUUCUGGGAAUUUUACUCAGGAUACUCCUACUGAUGGCAGUGAACAUGAAGAAGUUGAAUUCAAAGAGGAUUCUCAAUGUGGAGAUAAGCUUGAACAUCCGAUGACCACUGCAGAAAUUCAAUGUGACUUGAAUAUGCAAUCUAUACUUUCUCCUCAAUCCACUUUUUUAAUAGAUCGCAAUUAUGUCUGUUUGAAAGGUAGAGAGUUUUCUAAGGAUGAUGAUAAUGGACUGAAGAGUGUAAGGGAGCCUCCAGACAAAGGUUUUCAUUCAGAUGGUGCUUAUUCUGCUAAUCUAGUAUGUGUAGAAGUUCAUUAUCAGAGCUCGGAUUCUGGGGAUAGUUAUGAGCCACCUCGACGAUGUUCCGAAUUAAUUACCUCAGGUAUGAUUACUAGAUCAAAGUCUAGCAAGCCCUCCUUCCAAUCUUUGAAUGAUUAA